GUCAGAAUCAGCCAUGAUGUUUCCAACCUAGGCCUGGGUAUGGGGUGGGCUGGGAGGGAGCAGGGACAGCUGUUCUUGAAGGUGACCCGCCCUUCCCCCUUCCCCUUUUGAAGCGCGAGCCCCUCCCUCUCCCCACCCAGGCAGCGCCUGGGUCCGUUAGGGCGGAACCAUGGAGGAAGAACCUUUCAAAGUAAGGACCGGUCUGGCCCUUCGCUUGUCAGCCUCCGACUUCUUUUCCUUCCCAUCCAAGCCCGUGCGGUAGCUCUCUUUCAGCCCUGGCUCCCGCAGCCCCCACUCAUCGUCUCCAGCCUCCCCUCGCCCUGGUUCAGUACCCCCGCUCCAGAACCCCGCGACCCUGGCUUCCCUCCUUGUAUGUGGCCCACAGGCGUCUUCAGACCACCGAAGCUCGGGCCAGGCGAGCGGGCACAACGGCCUUCCGAAUGGGUGGACCCAGGCCACACCACCGCAGCCACGCCUGAGCAUGCAGCUGUCCGAGGUCCACGGGAACUGGGGCCAGGAGGGCUACGGCACAGUCUACGAGACCUAUGGGCGGAACAGCCAGCGGGACCUCCGGGAGGAUGGUGACAAGUCCAUUUCUCUGAGGGACAAGGACGGCUCUAAGCCAGAGGACCUGGACAAGCACACUCUGCUGGAGCUGGAACCGCCCUGCAGCAGUUCCCUGGGUAUCCAAUUAGGGGAAGUCGCCAGCGAAUCCGAGAUCAGGAACGAAGAGCAUUUCUCAGAGUCAUUGUCUAGUGCCUGGGAGCAUGCAGGCUUUCCACUCUAUUUGGCAGAGCAGCAGAAAAAGCUGCCGCUGCCCCUGAGGGAACUCAUGGAGACUGAAGCUCUGGAAAUCCUCACCAAAGCCCUCAAGAGUGAGCCCCCUCCCCCCAGCUUCUACAAAAGAUCCCGGUGUAUUUCACAGAGAGUGGGCCUGCAGGAAUGGAGUUUCAGAAUGUGCAGUACCCACUGUGGGGGAAGCCUUGCCGGUGCUCACUGGCCCAACUCAGCUCUGCUCUCCUCCCAGGCUACCGGUCCAAGAUCGGCGAGAACCACUUUCUGACCAAAGAGCUGCAGCGAAGCGUCGAGGAGCUCCAGAGGCGCAGGAGGCUGCUCUGGACGUCUCAGUGAACCUCUGGGUCUAGCAGCGGUCGGACUCCGGCCCCUUGCUCCGUCCCGUCUCCAGACCCAAGCCCGACCCGCUUGGAGUCUGAGCCCUAGAGAAAUUAAAGAGUCUGUGCAUAAUCCGUGA